UACUGGGAGAAGGCAGAGUUUCCAUUCCAUGUUAUUCCUAAGCUUGCUGCACUGAAUGUUGCUGGGGGAACAAUACAGGGUUAUGGUUGUCCAGGACUUUCGAUCACUGCUAGUGCCGUUGCUAUAGCAGAGAUUGCUAGAGUUGAUGCUAGCUGCUCUACCUUUGUGUUGGUUCAUUCUUCAUUGGCGAUGCUUACAAUUGGACUUUGCGGAUCAGAAGCCCAAAAGCAGAAAUACUUACCAUCGUUAGCACGAUUUAGUGCUGUUGCAUGUUGGGCUUUAACUGAGCCGGACUAUGGAAGCGAUGCAAGCUCUUUGAGUACCACUGCAACAAAGGUUUACAGCUUACUAACCUAUAUUACUGAAUAA